AUGGCCGCCAUUUCUGGAAGACCGGACGACCCCAAGCUCCACUUGACGCAGUCCGGGCACGCUACCCCCCGCACAGCUGCGCGCCCGGGCACUGUGCUCAACGAGUUCGUACCGGAUGUGAGGCCGGUCAUCGCCAUCGACUUCGAUGACGUUCUGUGCAAGACCAACCAUGCAGUCGCGGCAUGGCAUAACGAUGCUCAUGGUACGAAGAUGGCAUUGGAUGACUUCUAUUACUACUACUACUGGAUGAACCCAUACUGGGGCAACCCCGACGAGACGGUGCGCAAGGUCGAGGAAAUUUGGAAGUCGGACUACCUCGACCGCGCGGACCCCGUUGAGGGCGCGGCGGAAGGCCUCGCCGCACUCGCCGCGCGGGGGUUCCGGCUCGUGCUGGUCACCGCGCGGCAGCCCCGCGAGCUGGAGCGGAGCCUCGGCUGGCUGGACAAGCACAUGCCGGGUCUGAUCGACACGAUGAUCUGCACCGGGCAGUCGCAGGAGACGUUGGCGGACGAGAAGGAGCUGGUGACCAAGCUGUCGAAGGCGGAGGUGUGCCGUCGCCUCGGCGCGAAGCUCAUGGUCGACGACUCGGCGGAGAACGCGCUGAAGUGCGCCGUUGCGGACCCGCCGGUGCCCGUGGUGCUCUUCGGCGAGUACGAGUGGAACAAGCGGGUGGGACGGUACAGCGACGUCUCAAAAGAGACAAGCUUUGAGGACAGACUCGCGCGCGAGGGCGGGCGUGAGUUCUGGAAGGAGGAGAGCCUGGAGAAGGAGCUGCCGCCUGGCGCGCCGCUGUACCGCGUGAAGGACUGGGAGGCGUUGAUAGACUGGGUGGACAAGCAGCGCGAGGAGGGCAGGAUAUGA